AUGCCGACGCCGGUGAAGUCGGUGCUGCUCGGCUGCGGCGGCGUCGGCCGCUACCUCCUCCGCCACAUCGGCGUGGCCAUCCGCGUGGUGGGCGUCGCCGACGACGUCCACUCCAGCGGCCUCGAUGACGCGCUCCUCACCCACCUCUGCACCGCCAAGACCGCCGGCUCUCCCCUAUCCUCCCUGCUCGGCCUAGGUCUCGUACUGGUCGACUGUUCUGCAACUUAUGAUACUGUCAGUCUACUCAAGGAUGCUGUGGAUCAUGGAUGCUGCAUUGUAUUGGCAAACAAAAAACCUCUUACCGGCGCUUAUGAGGAUUUUCAAAAGUUGGUCUCCAACUUCCGUCGGAUAAGAUUCGAAUCUACUAAUUUCAGUGUUAUGGGUUUAUCUCAGAACCUUGCCUGUAAUGCAUUUGAUGUUAUGGUUGGAGCUGGCUUGCCUGUGAUAGCUUCUGUAACCCGUAUUAUUGCAUCUGGAGAUCCAGUUUCUCGUAUUGUUGGCAGUCUGAGUGGUACACUUGGGUAUGUGAUGAGUGAGCUGGAGGAAGGAAAGAGAUUUAGUGAAGUUGUGAAAACAGCCAAGUCUCUUGGCUAUACAGAACCUGGUCUUGCAGAUAUCUUAUAG